AUGGCACCCGCGUUUGGUCCUGAGAAGGGCAAGGCGCCCAGGGGGCGGUCUGGUGGAGCACGAGACAGCUGUCUCCCAGUCUCCCCAAAUCCGUGCCCGAGGGGGCGUUUCUGCGUCGCAGGGGCGGGCACAGCCGACGCCUCCCUGCUCCACCUUCUGGGUCGGCGCCAAGACUCGGAUAGUGAAUUUCGGGAAGUUUCACUCGGGUGGCUCAAUCCCUUGUUUAAGAUUGGCCAUAAACGGAGAUUAGAGGAAGAUGAUAUGUAUUCAGUGCUACCAGAAGACCGCUCACAGCACCUUGGAGAGGAGUUGCAAGGGUUCUGGGAUAAAGAAGUUUUAAGAGCUGAGAAUGACGCACAGAAGCCUUCUUUAACAAGAGCAAUCAUAAAGUGUUACUGGAAAUCUUAUUUAGUUUUGGGAAUUUUUACAUUAAUUGAGGAAAGUGCCAAAGUAAUCCAGCCCAUAUUUUUGGGAAAAAUUAUUAAUUAUUUUGAAAAUUACGAUCCCAUGGAUUCCGUGGCUUUGAACACAGCAUACGCCUAUGCCACGGUGCUGACUGUUUGCACGCUCAUUUUGGCCAUACUGCAUCACUUAUAUUUUUAUCACGUUCAGUGUGCUGGGAUGAGGUUACGAAUAGCCAUGUGCCAUAUGAUUUAUCGGAAGGCACUUCGUCUUAGUAACAUGGCCAUGGGGAAGACAACCACAGGCCAGAUAGUCAAUCUGCUGUCCAAUGAUGUCAACAAGUUUGACCAGGUGACAGUGUUCUUACACUUCCUGUGGGCAGGGCCACUGCAGGCGAUCGCAGUGACUGCCCUACUCUGGAUGGAGAUAGGAAUAUCGUGCCUUGCUGGGAUGGCAGUUCUAAUUAUUCUCCUGCCCUUCCAAAGCUGUUUCGGGAAGUUGUUCUCAUCACUGAGGAGUAAAACUGCAACUUUCACGGAUGCCAGGAUCAGGACCAUGAAUGAAGUUAUAACUGGCAUAAGGAUAAUAAAAAUGUACGCCUGGGAAAAGUCAUUUUCAGAUCUUGUUACCAAUUUGAGAAAGAAGGAGAUUUCCAAGAUUCUGAGAAGUUCCUACCUCAGAGGGAUGAAUUUGGCCUCAUUUUUCAGUGCAAGCAAAAUCAUCGUGUUUGUGACCUUCACCACCUAUGUGCUCCUUGGCAACGUGAUCACAGCCAGCCGCGUGUUCGUGGCCGUGACACUGUACGGGGCUGUGCGGCUGACGGUCACCCUCUUCUUCCCUGCAGCCAUUGAGAAGGUGUCAGAGGCAAUCAUCAGCAUCCGAAGAAUCCAGAACUUUUUGCUACUUGAUGAGAUAUUGCAGCGUAACCGUCAGCCACCGUCAGAUGGUAAAAAGAUGGUGCAUGUGCAGGACUUUACUGCUUUUUGGGAUAAGGCAUCAGAGACCCCAACUCUACAAGGCCUUUCCUUUACUGUCAGACCUGGUGAAUUGUUAGCUGUGGUCGGCCCCGUGGGAGCAGGGAAGUCAUCACUGUUAAGUGCUGUGCUCGGGGAAUUGGCCCCCAGUCACGGGCUGGUCAGCGUGCAUGGAAGAGUUGCUUAUGUGUCUCAGCAGCCCUGGGUGUUCUCGGGAACUGUGAGGAGUAAUAUUUUAUUUGGGAAGAAAUAUGAAAAGGAACGAUAUGAAAAAGUCAUAAAGGCUUGUGCUCUGAAAAAGGAUUUACAGCUGUUGGAGGAUGGUGAUCUGACUGUGAUAGGAGAUCGGGGAACCACGCUGAGUGGAGGGCAGAAAGCGCGGGUAAACCUUGCAAGAGCAGUGUAUCAAGAUGCUGACAUCUAUCUCCUGGACGAUCCUCUCAGCGCAGUCGAUGCGGAAGUUAGCAGGCACUUGUUCGAACUGUGUAUUUGUCAAACUUUGCAUGAGAAGAUCACAAUUUUAGUGACUCAUCAGUUGCAGUACCUCAAAGCUGCAAGUCAGAUUCUGAUAUUGAAAGAUGGUAAAAUGGUGCAGAAGGGGACUUACACUGAGUUCCUAAAAUCUGGUAUAGAUUUUGGCUCCCUUUUGAAGAAGGACAACGAGGAAAGCGAACAACUUCCAGUUCCAGAAACUCCCACGCUGAGGAAUCGCACCUUCUCAGAGUCUUCGGUUUGGUCUCAGCAAUCUUCUAGACCCUCCUUGAAAGAUGGUGCUGUGGAGACCCAAGAUACGGAGAAUGUCCCAGUUACACUCUCAGACGAGAACCGUUCUGAAGGAAAAGUUGGUUUUCAGGCCUAUAAGAAUUACUUCAGAGCUGGUGCUCACUGGAUUGUCAUCAUUUUCCUUAUUCUCCUAAACACUGCAGCUCAGGUUGCCUAUGUUCUUCAAGAUUGGUGGCUUUCGUACUGGGCAAACCAACAAAUUACGCUAAAUGUCACUGUAAAUGGAGGAGGAAAUGUAACCAAGAAGCUAGAUCUUAACUGGUACUUAGGAAUUUAUUCAGGUUUAACUGUAGCUACCGUUCUUUUUGGCAUAGCAAGAUCUCUAUUGGUAUUCUACGUCCUUGUUAAUUCUUCACAAACUUUGCACAACAAAAUGUUUGAGUCAAUUCUGAAAGCUCCGGUAUUAUUCUUUGAUAGAAAUCCAAUAGGAAGAAUUUUAAAUCGUUUCUCCAAAGACAUUGGACACUUGGAUGAUUUACUGCCACUGACGGUUUUAGAUUUCAUCCAGACAUUGCUACAAGUGGUUAGUGUGGUCUCUGUGGCUGUGGCUGUGAUUCCUUGGAUCGCAAUACCCUUGGUUCCCCUUGGAAUCGUUUUCAUUUUUCUUCGGCGAUAUUUUUUGGAAACAUCAAGAGAUGUGAAGCGCCUGGAAUCUACAACUCGGAGCCCAGUGUUUUCCCACUUAUCAUCUUCUCUCCAGGGCCUCUGGACCAUCCGGGCAUACAAAGCAGAAGGGAGGUGUCAGGAACUGUUUGAUGCACACCAGGAUUUACACUCAGAGGCUUGGUUCUUGUUUUUGACAACAUCCCGCUGGUUCGCCGUCCGUCUGGAUGCCAUCUGUGCCAUGUUUGUCAUCGUCGUUGCCUUUGGGUCCCUGAUUCUGGCAAAAACUCUGGAUGCCGGGCAGGUGGGCUUGGCGCUGUCCUAUGCCCUCACACUCAUGGGGAUGUUUCAGUGGUGUGUUCGACAAAGUGCCGAAGUUGAGAAUAUGAUGAUCUCAGUAGAAAGAGUGAUUGAAUACACAGACCUUGAAAAAGAAGCACCUUGGGAAUAUCAGAAACGCCCGCCACCGACCUGGCCCCAUGAAGGAGUGAUCAUCUUUGACAAUGUGAACUUCAUGUACAGUCUAGAUGGGCCUCUGGUACUGAAGCAUCUGACAGCACUCAUUAAAUCACGAGAAAAGGUUGGCAUUGUGGGAAGAACCGGAGCUGGAAAAAGUUCCCUCAUCUCGGCCCUUUUUAGACUGUCAGAACCCGAAGGUAAAAUUUGGAUUGAUAAGAUCUUGACAACUGAAAUUGGACUUCACGAUUUAAGGAAGAAAAUGUCAAUCAUACCUCAGGAACCUGUUUUGUUCACUGGAACAAUGAGGAAAAACCUGGAUCCCUUCAAUGAGCACACGGAUGAGGAACUGUGGAAUGCCUUACAAGAGGUACAACUUAAAGAAACCAUUGAAGAUCUUCCUGGUAAAAUGGAUACUGAAUUAGCAGAAUCAGGAUCCAAUUUUAGUGUCGGACAAAGACAACUGGUAUGCCUUGCCAGGGCAAUUCUCAGGAAAAAUCAGAUAUUGAUUAUUGAUGAAGCGACGGCAAAUGUGGAUCCAAGAACUGAUGAGUUAAUACAAAAGAAAAUCCGGGAGAAAUUUGCCCACUGCACCGUGCUAACCAUUGCACACAGAUUGAACACCAUUAUUGACAGCGACAGGAUAAUGGUUUUAGAUUCAGGAAGACUGAAAGAAUAUGAUGAGCCAUAUGUUUUGCUACAAAAUAAAGAGAGCCUAUUUUACAAGAUGGUGCAACAACUGGGCAAGGCAGAAGCCGCGGCCCUCACUGAAACAGCAAAACAGGUAUACUUCAAAAGAAAUUAUCCACAUAUCGGUCACACUGACCAUAUGGUUACAAACACUUCCAAUGGACAGCCCUCAACCUUAACUAUUUUCGAGACAGCACUAUGAAUCCAACCAAGACGUCAUGUCUGUUCCGAAGGUGUUUUCUGCUAGUUUUUGGACUAUGUAAACCACAUUGUAAUUUUUUUACUUUGGCAACAAAUAUUUAUACAUACAAGAUGCUGGUUCAUUUGAAUAUUUCUCCCAACUUAUCCAGUGAUCUCCAGCUCUAACAAAAUGGUUUAUUUUUAUUUAAAUGUCAAUAGUUGUUUUUUAAAAUCCAAAUCAGAGAUGCAGGCCACCAGUUAAAUGCUGUCUAUCAGGUUUUGUGCCUUAAGAAAUGACAGAGUCAAAGCUCAUUUUUAAAGGAGUAGGACAAAGUUGUCACAGGUUUUUGUUGUUAUUGUUUUUACUGCCCCUAAAAUUACAUGUUAAUUUCCAUUUAUAUCAGGGAUUCUAUUUACUUGAAGACUGUGAAGUUGCCAUUUUGUCUCAUUGUUUUCUUUGACAUAACUAGGAUCCAUUAUUUUCUCUGAAGGCUUCUUGUUAGAAAAUAGUACAGUUAAAAACCAAUGGGAACAACAAAAAGAAAAAGUUUGCGACAUAGUAGUAGGGAGUAUGUAACCCUUACUCUCCACCAAAAAAAAAAAAAAAGGAUAUAUGUUUAAAGGAUAGAAGGACAAUAUUUUAUCCUAUGUUCUAAAAGAGAAGGAAGAGAAAAUACUACUUUCUCAAAAUGGAGGCCCUUAAAGGUGCUUUGAUACUGAAGGACACAAAUGUGACCGUCCAUCCUCCUUUAGAGUUGCAUGACUUGGACAUGGUAACUGUUGCAGUUUUAGACUCAGCAUUGUGACACUUCCCAAGAAGGCCAAACCUCUAACCGACAUUCCUGAAAUACGUGGCGUCAUUCUUUUUUGGAUUUCUCAUUUAUGGAAGGCUAACCCUCUGUUGACUGUAAGCCUUUUGGUUUAGGCUUUAUUGAAAUCCUUUCUAAAUUGCAUGAAUAGGCUCUGCUAACAUGAUGAGACAAACUGAAAAUUGUUGCAAGCAUUGACUAUAAUUAUGGAGUAUGUUCUCAGGAUGCAUCCAGGGGUUCAUUUUCAUGAGCUUGUCCAGGUUAGUUUACUUCUGACCACUAAUAGCAUUGUCAUUUGGGCUUUCUGUUGAAUGAAUCAACAAACCACAAUACUUCCUGGGACCUGUUGUACUUUAUUUGAACUGUGGGUCUUUAAUUUUUCUUGAUGGUGGUGGCUGUAACAUGUUGAGUUCAGUUUACUAAAGGUUUUGAAGUGGAGUCUCAUGACCUCUCAGAAUAAGGUGUCACUUCCUUGAAACUGCAUUUAUGUAUAUAGAUAUGCACACAUGUGCAUUUGUUUGUAUACAUAUGUGUCCUUCAUAUAGGAAGUUUUUUGACUCAUCAGUAGAGAGCAACAGAUGUUUUAUUGAGUGAAGCCUUAAAAAGCACACACACAGCUAACGACCAAAAUACAUUGACUGUAGUAGCUGUUCAACUCCUAGUACUUAGAAAUAAAUGUAUGGUUAAUGUUCAGUCCAAUAAACCACACACAGUAAACGUUUAUUAAUAGUCAUGGCUUGUAUUUUAGGUGACUGAAAUUACAACGGUGAUCAUAAUGAGGUUUAUUAAAACGUUAGCUAUAUUCAAAAUGUCUAUAUGUUUAUUUGUACUUUUGAGGUUAAAGACAGUCAUAUAAACAUCCUGUUUCUGUUUUAAUCUUGUCAUAGAAUUUUUUAAUGAAACUAAAUUCAGUUGAAAUAAAUGAUAGUUUUCAUCUCCAUUCA